UUCAUUGUUAGUUUUCUUCAGGGAGUAAGCCUAGUUAGCUCAACAAACUCGAUGCCCACCUUGAAGGUUUUAGCUCUCAAGUCUUCUGAGCAGAAAUUGCAUGCAGUUCUUAACAUCCUUAGGUGGUUCCCCUGUUUGGAAAAGCUCUGUGUUAUUUUUCAUACAAACCGUGAGAUGAAUGACGAAAAUGAGCCUCAGUAUGACCCACUACAUCCAAUCGAAUGCCUCGAGACCCAUCUAAAGAAAGUGGUGUUUAAGUCAUUUGAGGGCUAUGCCAAACAGGUUGACUUUGCGAGGUUCUUUGUAUUGAAUGCAAAGGUGCUAGACAAAAUUGAAUUUGAAGUAAAAAAUCACUACAGCAGUGGAACGGUGGCUUCUAAACACAAGCUGCUACAAGUGGAAAACAGAGCUUCCCGAGAAGCUCGGUUUGAAUUCAGGACUAUUUCAUACUGACAGAGUACCAUGUCAAUAAGCAUAACCAUGAUUGGUCGGUCAGUAGCCGACCCCUUCCGACAGCCGUCGACAGCGUUGAUGCCUGAAGAUUGCACUGUCUUGUGCUCAUUUUGUAAAUUGUGUUGAUGCCUGAAGAUUGUCUUCCGCAUAAGUCUGCUCUAUAUCCAGUCUAAAGUUC